GCCGCAACUCGCGCGCGCAAUCAAUGUGACUAUCGACAAACACGCGGGAGUCCAUCCCUAGUUUACGAAUGUUCGAAAUUUAAAACUUAAAAAAAUGCGAUCGAUAUUUUUCUUUUGUGUAUGUGUUUACGUAGUGGUGGGACAAAAUGUGAAUGAUAUGUCGAAUUUGCCUAAAUACGAUGAAAGGUAUGACUAUUUGGAUGUGGACGCUUUGUUUAAUAGCAAAAGGCUAGUUAGGAACUAUGUGGAUUGUCUUAUCAGUGCUUCAAGGUGUACGCCGGAAGGAAAAGCUCUCAAAAGGAUACUACCAGAAGCAUUAAGAACGAAAUGCGUACGAUGCACAGAACGGCAGAAGAAGACAGCAGUUAAAGUGAUAAAACGGCUUAAAUACGAGUACCCAGAGGAAUGGGCCAAGCUGUCCUCCAGGUGGGACCCCACCGGGGACUUCACUAGGUACUUCGAAGAGUUCCUGGCUAAGGAACAUUUCAACACCAUCGACGGGUCUGUGGGCAAUGAGAUCCCUGGGUCGUCGCCAGCGUCUCCGCCGCCACCACCGCCGCCGACGCGAGCUCCAUUUCCACCGCCACCGCCGACGCUCCCACCGCUGCCACCACUGCCUCCGAUGACUAACGCGCCGCCGUCUCCACAGUCCUUCCCGUCGACUUCACCUCGGCCUGUAAUCCUAAACAGAUUUGGUGACGACGGCGAGCUGAUGAUGGGCAGUCCUUCCUCAGCAGCGGGCACCACAAGGCCGACGACCCCGCCCACCGUGAGACCCAUCUCCCCAACUACCAUGAGGCCUGUGAUGCAGCCCAGGCCAACAAUGAUAUGGACGGCAGCCGCCUCCGACUCUAUGCCGACGCGGUUCCCUCUCCGCCCGAACAACGACAUGUCUCCUCCGUUCACCACAGCCAUCACACUCAUUGACCAGAUCGGAUAUAAGAUUAUUAGGACAACUGAACUCGUCACUGAUAUACUGAGGAACACUGUUAGGGCCGUCGUUGGACGGUAGGAGCUGUUUGAAGAGCGUAUUGAUUGAGAGAAAAUACACGUAUAACUAUAAUCACGUCUCUUUUCUGGUAGGCUGAGGAUCUUGCCGACUUCUCUCGCUUCAUCCACACUGAUUCUUCAUUGAGGUCGUCUUUUUAGAACAACCUUGACUUGGCUCUCCUACAAUUAUAAUUCGUUACUUAUCGACAAAAAGGCUUACGGUUAAAGACCACAUCAAAGUCAGUUUAUUCGCUUGCUGAACAAUGUAUUUUUAAGUUAUAAUUCUAUGUGUGUGUGGAUCCUUAAACACACUGGUAGUCAAACUUCGGAAACUUCGGAACUCUGUUCGGAGUCCUAAAUAUCUUUUUUAUUUCAAGGUUUCAAAGGACGAAAAUAUGCCAACAUUCAUAAUACUCGUAGACUCGUACUCUCUAUUAAUACGCUCUACAUAAUAUAUCAAUUGUAGUUUAAAACGCUUUUGCGUUAAGAAUGUGAGAUUAUUUAUCUUGGUAAUAUACCACCGAUUUGUGGGACUCAAAUAAUUCCCAAUUUGAAAGGAAUAAAGAAUUAUGUCUUUCAUUUCAUGGAAACAAUGUUAAACUUGUAUUUACAAAACUUUAUAAGUAAUUAAAACAAUGAUGUUUUACUACUAAGAAAAUAUCAGCUAUGACAUUAUAAGAAAAAUGGAAUGAAAAUCAUGUAUCACUUAAAUUGGUAACUAUAUCACUUGAACUUAAAAAUAUACAUAACUAUAACAUAAAACAUGUGAAUAAAUAAAAUAAAUAAUUAUCGCCCCAUAAAUUUGGUAAAAUAAAACAUAGUUACAUGGAGAGGAUAUUGUAAAAUGUAAUAUUGGUUUCAUUCAAGAAGUAUAAGAACUUCUUGAUUCUAGUAGUCCUUGCCAUGUCGUAUUAAAAUGACCAGUACCUUAGGUACAGUUAGGUCUCUGAUAGUUUUAUAAUAUAAUGUCUUUCUAACUAUGAGAAGUUAACUUAAGAACAACAUUUAAAUGAUAAUUAUUAGAUAUUAUGAAUCUCAAUAUAACUCAUCUUUAUAUGGUAAGAUACUUUAAGAUUUUAUUUAUUUUUUUUAGUUGGUUAAUAAGAUUUUUUAUAUUAAGUGAAUGCCUAUAUUAAGGUAAUAAAAGUUGUUUAAAAAUCUACGUAGAUUCCUAAUGUUUCUCGUUUAGUAGAACUUUUAUAGUUAAG